AUGAGCUCAGGGGUGUUCUCAGCACUUGCCAUACCUCGGGCUUCGAAUUUGCUGGGGAUGCCUUCAAAAGGAUCUCGCUCUUCCUCAAUUUCAGGAUCCUUUGCGGCUUUCGGUUUAACACGGGCCUGA